AAGAAUAAUAAUAAAUAAACAAAUAAAAACAUAAAGAUCAUGUUGUUAAGAGUUUUCCAUCAAAAGAAAAACAUUUAAAAGCGAUUCCAUCAUGUUUCAGCGGGCGGAAAACUCGAAGGGCCACUUCUUAGAGCACACGAAAGCCGCAAGAGAGGAAAGAGCUUUGGAAAAACAUAAAGAAAAAGCGGUUAUUGUUAUACAAUCCAAUGUUAGGGGGUGGUUGACUAGACAGAAGUUUACCAAUGAGAUUUUAAAAGAUUUUGACAAUUUUAUACCGAAUUUGCCAGAGAAUUUCUUAAAACCAGAAAUGAAGCCUGCGAUUGAAAUUUAUAGACAUUCUUUACGUUUAUUGUUGAUAUGGAAGAAAGAAAGAGACAAGGAGCGUUUUGAGAGACUGUGUCGCUAUUUGGUUGUAUCACUUGAAUCUGAAUCAUUGAAAAAUAGUUAUGUUGGUGUAGCUUUUAAUAAGGAGCUCGUUAUAAAAUGGAUCUCCCAUAUGAAUAAUAUUCUAUGGAAAUGCUGUGAAUAUUUGGAAGAGCUGAAGCCAGAACUCUCGUCAGACAUGAAAAAUAUUGUUCUAUAUUUGCACAUGUUAGUGUCAUUUACCAGCACAAAUACAUGGAUGAUUUUUAAAAAUAAAAAUAUGGAAGUGUUUAGGGGCGGCAUGAAUCAACUAUGUGCAAAUUUAAUGGGUCAGCUACUUCAUAAAGGAUUUUAUGUGGUUUUAAAGAAUUUACUCAUCAGAGGACUAUGUAGGGUAAAAAUUGCCUUCAAGGCUGUAUCAAUAAGUGCAAUUUUGACCCUCUCACUUAGACCGUUGGUAUCAGCAAGCUUUUCUGAAAAAUUUAUGACAAUUUUUUUAAUAAAUGUCCUUUCUGUUCCUGCACUUAUUUAUCAUAUUCAAAUUCUGUCUCCAGAGACAUUAUCUACUCUACAACACCAUAAAAUAUUCACAAGAAGCUUAGAGCUGUUGUCCAGUCAACAGUCCAUGAGGAUAGUGUUUAAUACAUUAGAAGGCAGCUAUGCUCUGUGUUUAUUGGCCAAUUUAAUUCAAAUGGGAUUCCUUGAUAGGAACUCGAAUUUGAGGGAUUUAUGCUUUCCUACAUUUACGGUGGUUAUCACAGGUCUUCUAGAAAGCUGCCAGAAUUAUGUGGUUAGUAAACAAUCUACAUUGACACAUUGGCAUCCAGUAUUGGGUUGGUUCGCGCAAUCCAUAGAUCCCGGUUUGCAUGUGGCCAUUCCACAUAUUAAGCAGCAAUUGCACUUAUUGUGGAAUAUUGAAGUUAUGCAGAUUCUAUUAGGUAAUUUUCUUUCGGAACUGGUCUGUGGCGUGGAUCCUUCCCAAGACCCCACCGUCAGUCAUCAUGCGUCGUCCGCUUUCGUGGGCGGAAGUUUUUUCAAGAAAAUGUUGGAAAACCGAGGAAAUAAGACCUCCACCAUGAAAAGUUACAGAGCGCUCGGUAGUCCUGAAGUCCAUAGGGUCGUAUUAAUUUGCUCAAUGUACCAUACUGCCUUUCAUACAUUAACUCAGUUAAAACUUGACAUAUUGACAGGUUUGUGUUAUCAGAACACAAUAUUGUACGAUUUAUGGCUGUUUUUGUGUUCGCUGGGUCCAAAUUGUGGCUUAAAGACAUUCUUAGAUCAUCUGGCGUUUAAUACGAAAUGUUCCGCACCGGAGUUUCAAAUGUUACAACUCUUUGCGGAUUGUAUGACUCAUUACGUAACACUGUUAGACGAUAUGGAAAUGUACGAGAAGCAAAAACCGUUUCGGUUAGCGGAUUUUGUGACCAUGUCAAAUUUUUUAAAUAUCUUUUUAUACAAGGCCGUUUUGGGAAACCUCUUCGAUAUAAAAUCGAUACAGAGCAACACGUUAUUCCAAUCGUUGCACACGCUUUUGAUGGUCCUUUAUAAGAGAGAUUGUUGGCACCCGUACACUCCGAACGGCCAUUGGCUGAUACGGGACAUCAAAGUGUCCUCGUUCCUCAUCGAUUUGGAUAAAAGCAAACGGGCUCCGCAGCUGUUGCUACAGACGAUGCCGCACAUCAUCCCGCACGAGGAUCGCGUCAGAUUGUUUAGAAAAUACAUCAACAACGAGAAAACUGUUCUGGGCCUUACCGAGUCCGCUUGUGCUUCACCACAGUCCACCCUCAUAACAGUUCAUAGAAAUAGAAUAGUAGAAGACGGCUAUCGUCAACUGACCAUUUUGCCGGCUCAAGCGCUAAAAGGCGUCAUCAGAGUACGAUUUAUCAACGAGUACGGACUAGACGAGGCCGGAAUCGAUCAGGACGGCGUCUUUAAGGAAUUCCUCGAGGAGAGCAUCAAGAGAGUCUUCGAUCCCGCCUUAAAUUUGUUUAAGGCCACUAGCGAGGAGCGUCUGUAUCCUUCUCCCACGUCGCAUCUUCAAGAUAAUCACUUGCAAUUAUUUGAAUUUACCGGGAAGAUGCUCGGGAAAGCUGUCUACGAGGGGAUCGUCGUUGACGUGCCGUUCGCUUCGUUUUUUCUUAGUCAGAUUUCAGGUCAGACCUCCCAAGCUGUUUACAGUUACGUAGAUGAGUUACCCUCGUUGGAUCCUGCAUUAUAUCGAAGUCUUAGUUACGUUAAACAUUAUGAAGAUGACGUGUCGGAGUUGAAUUUAACAUUCAGCGUGGACGAGGAUCAUAUGGGAAAAGUAGUCACCCACGAAUUGAUUCCCGGCGGAAAGGCUGUCCUAGUUACCAAAGAUAAUAUAAUCAAUUAUAUUCAUUUAAUGGCCCAUUUUCGGAUGUACGUGCAAAUUAAGGAACAAACGGCCGCAUUCAUUAAGGGAUUCCGAUCGAUCAUUAAUCCGGAUUGGUUGGCGCUUUUUUCUACACCGGAGUUGCAAAGGCUGAUAUCAGGCGACAAUAUACCGCUAGAUUUAAAGGAUCUGCGUAAGAAUUGUCAGUAUUACGGAGGAUUUCACGAUUCUCAUCGUGUUAUCGGAUGGUUGUGGGAUAUUUUAGAGAAAGACUUUAACGAUGAAGAACGCGGAAUGUUUCUGAAGUUUGUGACCAGUUGUUCGAAACCACCAUUGCUCGGAUUCGCUCAUUUAGAGCCGCCAUUUUCGAUCCGGUGCGUGGAAGUUGGCGAUGACGAAGACACCGGAGACACGAUCGGGAGCGUGUUCAGAGGCUUCUUCACGAUUAGGAAAAAAGACCCGCAGAACCGCUUGCCCACCUCGUCCACCUGUUUCAACCUCCUAAAACUGCCGAAUUACCAAAAGAAGGGCACGUUACGAGAGAAACUCAGGUACGCGGUCACGUGCAACACCGGAUUCGAGUUGUCUUAACAUGAAUAUUGUGAUAUUGAAGGGUCCACUCUUAUAAAUAAAGAAAAUUAUGCCGUUCGUUGGUUAUCGGAUCCUAGACGAGUUCUUGUAUAAAUGUGGAAUUGAUAAUAUUCAUAUCAGUUUAAAUAUUAUUUCGCGAAUAUAUUCUUUGAUGUGCAAUCAGUUUUAGUUUACCAAGUACUUUUUGUGUGAUACCAAAAUAAUAGUGAAAGUUUUAUUAAAGCCUUUCUUUAGUGUGAUUAGUAUUUAUUGUAUAUUUUUAUAUUAUUAUAGUUCAAUUUAUCGUCAAUGUAUACGUAGUCUAUUCUCAGUAAAUUAAACUUAUUUUACACUUUAA